GGGCCGAGCCGAGCCGAGCCGAGCGGCGGGGACCGGACCAUGCCGUCCUACACCGUGACGGUGGCCACGGGCAGCCAGUGGUUCGCGGGCACCGACGACUACGUGUACCUGACCCUGCAGGGCACGGACGGCUGCAGCGAGAGGCACCUCCUGGACAAGCCCUUCUACAACGACUUCGAGCGCGGCGCGGUGGACUCCUAUGAUGUGACUGUGGAAGAAGACCUUGGAGAAAUUCAGCUAAUAAAAAUUGAGAAACGAAAAUACUGGUACCAGGAUGACUGGUACCUCAAGUACAUCACUGUUAAAACACCAGUGGGUGACUACCUGGAGUUCCCAUGUUACCGCUGGAUUACAGAUGAAAAGGAGGUUGUCCUGCGAGAUGGAAGAGCAAAGCUGCCCCGAGAUGACAAGACUCAGAUCCUCAAGCAGCACAGGCGCAAAGAGCUCGAAUCCCGUCAGAAAAUGUACCGCUGGAAGGAGUGGCAUCCAGGCUUUCCCCUGAGCAUCGAUGCCCAUUGCCACAGUGAACUGCCUCGUGACAUCCAGUUUGACAAUGAGAAGGGAAUUGACUUCAUUCUGAACUACACGAAAGCGAUGGAAAAUCUUUAUGUCAACCGUUUCAUGCACAUGUUCCAGUCUUCCUGGAGUGAUUUUGCAGAUUUUGAGAGGAUUUUUGUCAGAAUCAGCAACACAAUCUCUGAAUAUGUGAUGCAACACUGGAGGGAAGAUUUUAUGUUUGGCUACCAGUUCCUGAAUGGAUGCAAUCCUGUGCUGAUCCGGAGAUGCACAGAGAUACCCAAGAAGCUGCCUGUGACCAUGGAUAUGGUAGAAUGCAGUCUGGAGAGGAACCUGACACUGGAGGAGGAAGUGAAGCAAGGCAACAUUUUCAUUGUGGACUAUGAGCUGCUUGAUGGUGUGGAUGCCAAUAAAACAGACCCGUGCACAAUACAGUACUUGGCUGCACCCAUCUGUCUGCUGUAUAAGAAUCUGGAGAAAAAAAUUGUACCCAUUGCAAUCCAGCUUGGUCAAAAGCCUGGACCAGACAAUCCCAUCUUCCUUCCUUCAGAUGCCACAUAUGACUGGCUUCUAGCUAAAAUUUGGGUCCGCUCGUCUGAUUUCCACAUCCACCAGACAGUGACCCACCUCUUACGGACACACUUGGUGUCAGAGGUGUUCAGCAUAGCCAUGUUCCGGCAGCUGCCUGCUGUGCAUCCCCUCUUCAAGCUCUUGGUGCCACAUAUGCGGUUCACAAUAGCCAUCAAUACCAAAGCCCGAGAACAACUUAUCUGUGAAUGUGGCCUUUUUGACAAGGCAAAUGCCACGGGUGGAGGAGGACAUGUACAAAUGGUGCAGAAAGCAAUGAAGGAUCUGACCUACAGUUCCCUCUGCUUUCCUGAGGAAAUCAAAGCUAAAGGAAUGGACAGCAAGGAGGAUAUCCCCUACUACUAUUACCGGGAUGAUGGCAUUAAGGUCUGGGAGGCUAUAAAGAGUUUUGCAGAGGAUGUAAUUCACAUCUACUAUGAGAGCGACGAGGUGGUGUGUGAGGAUGUGGAGCUGCAGGCCUUUGUCAAAGACAUUUAUGUCUAUGGAAUGAGGGGUGUGAAAGCCUCAGGGUUCCCUAAGAUGAUCAGGACACGAGAGACACUAGCAGAAUAUCUCACAGUGAUCAUGUUCACUACAUCGGCUCAACACGCAGCUGUGAAUUUUGGUCAGUAUGACUGGUGCUCCUGGAUUCCCAACGCCCCACCGACAAUGCGCUGCCCUCCCCCAACAGAAAAGGGCACCGUCACCAUCGAGCAGAUUGUGGAGAGUCUGCCAGACAGGGGACGUUCCUGUUGGCAUCUUGGAGCUGUUUGGGCCUUGAGCCAAUUCCAGGACAAAGAACUGUUUCUGGGCAUGUACCCAGAUGAACACUUUGUGGAGAAGCCAGUGAAAGAGGCUAUGGCAAAAUUCCGCAAGAAUCUGGAUGAGAUUGUCAGCACCAUCACCGAGCGCAACAAGAACAAGAAGCUCCCUUACUACUACCUCUCCCCAGAUCGUAUUCCCAACAGUGUUGCUGUUUGAGCACAUGGCCAGAAGAGUUUGAAGGCCUGUAAAGCUAAUGAUGUUUUUCUGUUAUAUGCUUCUUCAAUUAGCUUCUCAGAAAUGGGUAAGAAACC